CUUGGAUUUGACAAUUACUGAAAAAUGGCAUUUGGAACAAUGACCUCGCUGUUGGGGAUGAUACCGAUUCUAGCGCUUGGUAUCAAUUAUUACCGCUACCAAAACUUGGAUCCAGAAACAAAAAUCACGGAAACGGAAAGCAUAAGGCGGCAAUACGAUUUCAUUGUAAUUGGUGGGGGAUCAGCUGGAGCCGUGGUCGCAAAUCGUCUGUCCGAAAUAAAAAACUGGACCGUUUUGCUAAUCGAAGCAGGGGGUGAUGAAACAGAAAUUUCGGAUGUUCCCGCUUUGGCAGGAUAUCUUCAGCUGUCAGAUUUGGAUUGGAGAUAUCAAACAACACCAUCGGAUAAUAGACAGUAUUGCCAGGCUAUGAAAGGCGAUAGAUGUUUCUGGCCAAGGGGGAAAGUUUUAGGCGGAUCGAGUGUUCUAAAUGCCAUGGUUUAUGUGAGAGGAAGUAAGAAUGAUUAUAAUCACUGGGAAUCAUUGGGUAACCCUGGUUGGGGAUAUGAAGACGUCUUGAAGUACUUUCUAAAGUCUGAAGAUGUUCGGAACCCGUAUCUAGCCAAAACCCCAUAUCACAAAGCUGGAGGUUAUUUGACAGUUCAGGAAGCUCCUUGGAGGACGCCACUUUCAAUUGCCUUUCUCCAAGCUGGAAUGGAGAUGGGGUAUGACGUAAGAGAUAUAAAUGGAGAAAAACAAACUGGUUUUAUGUUGACCCAAUCCACAAUUCGACGAGGAUCCCGAUGCAGCACGGCGAAGGCGUUCUUAAGACCUGUUCGAACUCGCAAAAAUUUGGAUAUUUUACUUCAUGCUCAAGCCACAAAAAUUCUCAUCAAUAAGGACAAACGAGCUGUUGGAAUUGAAUACAUGAAAAACGGUCGGAUCAGUGUGGUCUUUGUGCGAAGAGAAAUCAUUUCGUCUGCAGGAGCUUUAAACUCUCCACAACUUUUAAUGCUUUCGGGUAUUGGACCAGCGGAACAGCUUGAAAAGUUCAAUAUUCCGGUUAUAUCUGAUCUUCCUGUCGGUGAUAACCUUCAGGAUCAUGUCGGUCUUGGGGGGCUUACAUUCAUAGUAGAUGCUCCAGUGACAGUCACUCGAAACCGUUUUCAAAAUGUGCCCGUUUCGUUGGAAUAUAUUCUUCGAGAACGAGGUCCAAUGACUUUUUCCGGGGUUGAAGGUGUAGCAUUUGUGAACACAAAAUUUCAAGAUCCUGCGGUAGAUUGGCCCGAUGUGCAGUUUCACUUUGCACCCAGUUCAAUCAAUUCCGACGGAGGGGAUCAGAUUCGGAAAAUCUUGAACCUUCGCGAUGGAUUUUUCAACACAGUCUAUAAGCCCCUGGUUAAGGCUGAAACAUGGACGAUUCUCCCUCUUCUACUUCGUCCUAAGAGUACAGGUUGGGUACGUCUCAAUAGCAAAAACCCACUUCAACAGCCGAAACUUGUGCCCAACUAUUUUGCCCAUCAAGAGGACAUCGAUGUUCUCGUCGAAGGUAUCAAAAUUGCUGUAAAUGUGUCAGGAACUCAAGCCUUUCAGAGAUUUGGUUCACGGCCGCAUCACAUCCCACUGCCAGGUUGUAAACAUUAUGAAUUUAUGUCCGAUGAGUAUUGGGCGUGUUGUAUAAAACAAUUCACAUUCACCAUCUAUCAUCCGGCGGGUACGUGUAAGAUGGGACCAAGUUGGGAUACAUCGGCAGUUGUUGAUCCCAGGCUGAGAGUCUAUGGUGUUCAGGGACUUAGAGUGGUCGAUGCAAGUAUAAUGCCAACUAUUAUAAAUGGAAAUCCGAACGCACCGGUUAUAAUGAUCGGUGAGAAGGCAUCCGAUAUGAUUAAGGAAGAUUGGGGCAUAAGAUUGCAUGAUACUUAGUUAAGUUGCCUGUUAAUAUGGAAAUUAUAAAAAUACUCUCGGCUAGUCAAGAUCAUGUUUUUUGUAAAUAUUUGAAUAAUUUAUGUAAUAAGUUUGUGUUCGUUUG